AUGACUUCUAAAAUUUCACAGAAAAUAAGUUAUGAAGGUCUCUCUCCAGUAACAAGCCUGCAUCCAGAUGCCUUUCUGGAGGAGAUAAUAGCAGUUCCAAAGGAACAGACACCGCAAGAUUUAUUUCCACAUGUUUUAGAAGAUUGCCAGAGAACCUGCAUGACUGUGAUUGACACAGAUAACAGUGUAAAAGAACAAUCCUGCAAUAAUGAUACAGAUCUUUCAUUGGCAACCCUAGGAAAUAUUUUCAUGGAACCACUAGUGCUCACUGAACAGAGCAUAGAGACUGCCGAACUUGAAGUCAGUGAUUUGUUGAGACCUCUCAGUGAUUCUGAGAGUCCUAAAACGAUAAACCAAUUGCAUGACAUAUUAGACUAUCAAGGUCAUGUCUUUUCCAGUGAUAUAUCAGCAGAUGAGAACAGUGAUGCCCUUCCAGUAGAGCUUGUGACAGCUCUGAAUUCCUUGUCAGGAUCUGUAAUACAGUCUGACAGUCCUGUAGUGCCAAGCAAGAGACAGCGUACCACUGAGGAAGAGCAGUUAAAUUCAGAAUCUAGUACUCCCCAGCAAGAUGAUGACUGUACACAAAUAACAAACCUGUUUGAGCCUCAGCUUCCUACAAUUCACGAAGAAGAAAUAAAAGCCUUAACAGGAUCUAACUUGCAGAGGACAACAAAUGAGCAACUUGCGGGUGAUCAGCAGAAAGGGAAAGAAGCAAUUUCAGAUUAUUGGAGUGCCAUCUCUAAUGAAAAACAAAAUGAGGAGGGAAGUUUGCAUUCAGUGGAGGCUGUUGUACGUGCAGAAACCAAUAAAACAGCAUCAGGGAGAACAAUGCAGCUAGAAGAGACCUCCUCAAUAAAGUGCAGAGAUAGUAUUUCCUGUCAUCACCAAGCACUGGAAGAGACACAGCAGAAUAUGUCUCACAAUCACAGUGCAACAAGAAACAAAACCAAGGAUUUUAGUAAAAUUCUGAAACCUGCUUCUAAAGACAAGGAAGAUCUAGAAACCAACAUGUACCAAGAAGUAACUCCAAAUGAGGAUAGAAACGCUGAGCAGAUAAGGAGAAGCAAAAGAAUCAAAGAUAAAAUGAGACUAGAAGCCUAUUUUGUAAAUCCUUGUUGCCCCAUAUCACUUUCAAGAAUAAAUAGGAGGAAUAUUUUUGGUGAGACCUUACUUCAUAGAGCUGUUGCUGAAGAAGAUAUAGACCUCGUACAUAACAUAAUAAAAUCUGGUGCAAAUGUAAAUGCUCAGGAUUAUGCUGGCUGGACUGCACUACAUGAAGCAAGUGUACAAGGCUGUUAUAGGAUAGCAAAUGAGCUUUUGAAAGCAGGAGCUGAUGUUAAUGCUAGAGGAAGUGAACAAAUAACACCGUUGCAAGAUGCAGUUAAGGAAGGCCAUUAUGAGGUGGCAGCAUUAUUGCUUUGGUAUGGAGCUGAUCCCUUAUUAAAAAAUGAGGGGGGGAGAUGUGCAUUAGAAGAAGCUUCUGACCAAUCUAUGAAGAGACUGCUUAAAAGCUAUCUAGUGAAAUCCAGAAGACAUUCGGUAUCAGGUGGAGAUGAUGCAGAGAAUACAUUAAGUGCUCAAAGCAUAGAUGAUACAAACCUGCACCAGAUUUCCUUACAGACAGAUGAGUCUGUACCAGCAUGUGCGAAUCUUACUGGUACAGGGAGUGCAGACAUAUUGCAACAGACUACCGUAAAUGAGGUGCAAAACAUUCAUAUCAAUAUAUUGGACGGUGGAACCAGCUGCAUUGAACAGACACCUCAAACAAAUACAGAAGCAAUCUUAGCACGUCAGCUUUCAGCAGCUACUAGUGGAGAAAGUGUUUCUAGAAGUCUUUCUAAUUCUACUGGUGGUGCACUAAGUACCAUUGAAGAAAAGGCUCCACAACCAGAGAAAGGAUGGAGGAUCCUGCUUAAUGCAGAACAAAGUGCUGAAGGCUGUCACACUGAAGCAACUGAAAAUGCUAGUACUAUAGAGAUCCAGUUUACAGCUUUACAACUCCAUGAAAAGGAAGCACAUCAAAUUAAACAUAAGAGACAGGACCUUCAGGAGACCAACUCAAAAUCAGAUGAAGGAGGGUUUGCUGGAAUGAAUGGAAUAGAAGGCACUGAAGAAAAUGAAGAAGGAAGUAGAAAAAGCAAUGUGUUCUCACAGUUUACUGAAGCAGAAGAAAUCCAAACUAAAAGAAUGAGAUUAGACCUACAGGAGACAAGCCAAAAGAGAGACUUGUGUUCUAGUAGCAGUAAAUACAAGCUUUCAUCUAAUCAAUCACAAUUCAGUCAAGCAUCAGAACAGCAAACAUCUAAGAAAUCAGGUGGAUCAAAGAAGAAAAAGAGAAAUGCAAAAGGAGAAACUAAGCUGCAUAUUGCAGCUAGGAGAGGAAAUUUGUCUUUGGUGAAAACUCUGAUAUCAUCUGGGAUCUGUGUCAAUGAGCAGGACAAUGCAGGUUGGACAGCGAUUCAUGAAGCUUCCAAUGGUGGUUGUACUGAAGUGAUCUUAGAAUUACUGAAAGCUGGUGCUAAUGUUAACAGCAGAAGCAUGGAUGGUGUGUUGCCCAUACAUGAUGCAGUUUCUGGCAAUUAUUUGGAGGCAGCCAGGAUUCUACUAGAGCAUGGAGCAAAUCCCUGUGAGAGAGACAGUUCUGGGAAAAGUGCUUUGGAUGAAGCUUAUGAUGAUGAAAUGAAAGAACUGCUUAAGUCUUAUGGUGCUGUUGACUCUGUACUUCCUGUUGAAACUAUUGAGGUUACAGGUAUGUUGGUUUGGAGUUAUCUUAGGUCAAGAAGAGCAAAAAGUUGUUUUGAGUGCUGCAAAAAUGAUGAUGCAGCUUUGAAGCCACAAUGUGAGAAAUCCUGUGUGGAGUCUGUUGUAGCCAUACAAGAUACCAAAAAGAAGCAGAAAGAACUGUUGCUAUUUGAAUUGAGAACUUCCAAAGAUGCAGAUAUGUAUGUCCAAAGGCUGUGUCAGAUACAAAAUACUUUGAAUGAAAUGUUUGCAAAACAGAAAACAGAAAGGGAUGCCCUUGCUAAAAAAUACAGGGCUUCAGUGGAAUCUUUUAAGAAGGGAGCACUGAGGGAACAAGUAGUUAACCUUGCUUCCAGGCAAAAGAGUCUGUUGACUGUUGCCCAAAACCAGAAGGAGUUAGUCCAGAAAAUACAAAAUUACAGAAAAACAAAGCAAGUAUUCAGAGCAGCUCAGUUAGAGGACCAAAUCUCAAACAUAGUUUUUUCCUAUGGAAAUGGUAAAGGACAAGGUUUAGCUGCUGAUGAAAUCAUGCAUCCUGAUGUAGUUACAUCUGAUACGGGGCUUGGUGCCAGCAUGGCUAAUGGAAACAGAGUAGAAGCACAUCUCUCUUUAGAAAAUAGGUUUUCAGCUCAGGAAUGCAGCCAACAUCCAAACAACUGCUUGGCUGAGACAGAAGCAAAUAAAGAAGCGAUUAGAAGCAAAGAGGUUUCUGAUCAUACUUCAACAUCUGAAAAGACGAUAAGAAAAUACCCCUUCAAUACUAUGUCAAAUGCUGUAGAAGUGGUGACAGUGCCUUCAGGAACUGCUGGUUCCACUGCUGAAACAAAGAAUUCACAGCAAAACGGCAUUGAUUGUGUAGCAGUUGCAGAGCAAGGACACAAGUCUUUAGAUCCCACUCCAGCAACAAACACAUUAAAUAUUUCAGAAGCCCAAAGCACUGUUGUCAAUAACAGUGUUUGUCAGCCAGGUGGUGACUGUCAGCAGGUUCUUACAGAUGAGGAUCUACACAGAUACGUAAAUAAGAAGGAAGCUUUCCAGCAACAGCAGCAGCAAGUAAUUGUGUCAACAUCCACAGAGAACUUUCCAAAUACUCUGCAGAAAAUGAUCUUUCAGCGCAGUGAGAACCCAUUUAAUGCCAACUUAGUGCUUACAAAUCUUACAUCAAACACAGAUUAUCCAGCAAACCUUAGUAAGAAAUCUUCCCAGGGCUAUAGUUAUCAGGAAUGUGAACAAAAACAAGUGAAGUAUGAAAGAAAAAACAAGAAGAAGCUCCAGUUGAUAGAUCUACUUCAAUUGGGAAGGAUUAAGCCAGGAGAAAAUGUUUUAGAAUUCAAACUGCAGGAAUUUAGUCAUAAAGCCACACUCUUAGAAAAUGGCAAGAUCAAAACAAGUGAAAACAAAAUACUUAAGAACCCAGUUCAGUGGGUUAAAGACCUAUUAGGAAGUGAUAUUUCUGUGACAUGGAAGUACGUGUGGAACAAGGUUACGUAUCAUGGGAUGGAGUUGUCAAAACUUCUUGUUGAAGAAGUGCCUGUUUCUAAUGACCUGGAAUUACCAUCACAACAAAGAGAGCCCUUGGAAACAGCAAAAACAUUGCUAUGCACUGAAAGAGAAGCAGCUGAAAGUCUCCCAAUUACCAGAGAAUUAAGGAGUUCUUCUGUCCAGUUCAACUCAGUAGAAAGUCUGACACAAGCUGUCAAUGAGACAUUAGUUCUACGUACAGAGGAGUUUCUACCAUGGUCUGUAAUGGAAAAGCACUGGAAUUUCUACAUGGAAUGUGAAGAUUUUGGAUUCUGAAGACUUCUUGAGUACUAACAUAUUUUUUUCAUCAUCAUCUAGAAGUAAACAUUUGAACUUCUAGAACCAAGUGCUUUGUUACCAUCAUUCUGAUAAAUCAUUUGCCCAGCACUUGGAAUGGACUGAAAGAUUGUUUGAGUAAAUGAGAAACUGAAUAGUACUUUGUAGCAGGUGAAAGUAACUGUCAAUAUUGAAUUUUAUGCUUUAACAUCAUUAAAUGGGAAAGUAGACAAGGGCCUGUUAUAUGCUGGUGCACAAUGAAAUAUAUUCUGUGUUGGUAAGUUUGUAUGAUACUCCACCGAUUUCUGUGCCUUCCUACCUGCCCGUGCUUGACAGUACCAGGCAGGUACCAACACCAAUGCUCACUUUUUACACCUAAACAUUGAUCCAGUCUUCCAAAGCACAUGCUGUCAGAAGUGGCUGCAAGUGCUUGUGCAAUAACGUGAGCUGUUAGGCAGAAAUCAAGACGGGCAGCUUUGAAAAUAACCAGCAACUUUGCUUUACUGGGCAUGGUUAUAUACAAACAUUUGAGAACGGGAUGUAUGUUGGGAGAGGUUAGAAAAGGCCUCUUAAUCUUUCAAAGUGCUCAGGGAAAUUCCAUUGGUGUUUCAACCAAAUCUAUCUGAUAGUCAAAAAAUGCACCAGCGUCUGGCAGGAAAUACACCGAGCCCAUUCCUGGUAAAUGAAUUUUUCAGCAUAAUAACAUCCUAGAUUCCCACCCUGAUCUGUGGAGGCUUUCUGUUUGUUUUUAUUUUACAAUGUGUGAAUCUGCCUCGGUAGUGUAUUUAUAACACGUUUGAGUUAUCUGCAUUCAAGUGACGUUCUUGCUCUUUCAUUCCCGGGAUUGUAAGGACAGUUGAAAUAAUAACACCUACUACUCCUAACUCCAGUGAAUGGGGUGAGAAAUACCUCCUGUCAAUACCUAACAUCCUCAGUUCUCUAUCUGGAGUGAGAAGAGCUGUUCUGCAGGGAUUUGAUUAGUGUCUUUAGUGGGAGAAGGUUUAGGGAAGAGAGAGAGGGGUCUGA